UCUCCUCCUCCGUCUCUCCGUCGUUGCGCAACCGCACAGUUCAUGCCGUUUCAAUUUUCCUCUCUUUUUUUUGCUGUUCCUCCUGGAUUUUCCGGUGCUUCUGAUUGUGUCAGUGCCUACAAUUUCAUUGUGUUGAUUUAGUCUCAAUUGGAGGAAGCCGAUGAGAUAUAUCUUUUAAUCAGUAUCGGAAUUUCGAAUCUAGGGUUUUAGAGUGCUGGGUUUCACUAGGUUGCUGUUCUUGGUCUUGUGCAUGGUGGGGUAAAUCUGAUUUUGGUGUUGGAAUUGUAUAUCUCACGGAGUUCGCAUUGGGAUGGGUAAUGUUGAAAUUCCCCAUUGGCUUAAAGCCUUGCCAUUGGCACCUGUCUUUAGACCUACAGAUACCGAAUUCGCAGAUCCUAUUGCGUAUAUAUCGAAAAUCGAGAAAGAGGCCGGUGCUUUUGGGAUCUGCAAGAUCAUUCCUCCUUUACCAAAGCCAUCGAAAAAGUAUGUUUUCUAUAACUUGAACAAGUCUCUUCUGAGGUGUCCUGAAUUGGCUUCGGAUGUAGACAUUUCGAAAGUGUGUCAUGAGGAUAGAGCUGUAUUCACAACUAGACAGCAAGAGUUAGGUCAGGCUGUAAAAAGAAAGAAAGGAGGAGAGAGCAGUAAGAGUAAUUCUCAGAGGAGUGGUGUUAAGCAGGUGUGGCAAAGUGGAGGAGUAUAUACAUUGGAGCAGUUUGAAUCUAAGUCAAAAACUUUCUACAAAAGCCAGUUAGGAACGGUAAAAGAAGUGUCCCCGGUUGUGGUUGAGGCAUUGUUUUGGAAAGCAGCUUUAGAGAAGCCCAUAUAUAUAGAGUAUGCAAAUGAUGUGCCAGGUUCGGCUUUUGGUGAACCAGAGGGUCAUUUCAGGCAUUUCCGGCAGAGAAAGAGAAGGGGGAGAGGAUCUUAUCAGAGGAAGGCAGAGAUCAGUGAUGAAAGCAGGGUCGAAAGCGGGACGGACAGAAAUUUUAGCCAACCACCAUCGUGUAAGAAUGGUGACACAACAUUGCCUGAGGUAGCAAAGGCAUCUCAUGCUUCUCCAAGUAAAAUAUCUCAGGAUCUGUCCAAGCAGAAGAAGAUGGAUAUUGUUGAUGGAAUGGAAGGUACUUCAGGCUGGAAGCUCUCCAACAGUUCAUGGAACCUUCAGACUAUUGCACGUUCACCUGGUUCUGUUACACGCUUCAUGCCAGAUGACAUCCCUGGGGUUACAUCUCCCAUGGUUUAUAUCGGUAUGUUGUUCAGCUGGUUUGCCUGGCACGUUGAGGACCAUGAGCUUCACAGUAUGAAUUAUCUUCACACUGGUUCCCCAAAGACUUGGUACGCUGUCCCUGCUGAUUAUGCCUUUGAAUUUGAAGAGGUUAUCCGCAAAAAUUCUUAUGGAAGAAACACUGAUCAACUGGCUGCUCUCACCCAACUAGGCGAAAAGACAACUCUUGUAUCACCUGAGAUGAUAGUUGCAUCGGACAUUCCCUGCUGUAGGUUGGUACAAAAUCCUGGUGAAUUUGUUGUGACUUUUCCAAGGUCUUAUCAUGUAGGAUUCAGCCACGGUUUUAACUGUGGGGAAGCCGCAAAUUUUGGAACUCCGCAGUGGCUCAAUGUAGCUAAGGAAGCUGCUGUUCGUCGGGCAGCCAUGAAUUAUCUCCCCAUGCUGUCCCAUCAGCAGCUGCUAUAUCUCUUGACCAUGUCCUUUGUUUCAAGAGUGCCACGAUCAUUGCUACCAGGUGGUCGUAGCUCCCGACUGAGAGAUCGACAGAGAGAAGAAAGGGAGUUCCUUGUGAAAAAAGCUUUUGUAGAAGAUAUAUUGAACGAAAACAAGAACUUAUCUGUUCUUCUUCGAGAACCGGGCAUUCGUUUGGUGAUGUGGGACCCUGAUUUACUUCCGCGUCAUAGUGCACUGGCUCUUGCAGCUGCUGGGGGUCCUGCUGCUUCACUGCCAGCAGAAGCAAAAAAUGAACUUGAGGAUGGUCAUUCGGUAAUGCAGAAUAAGGAGAAGACUACUCUUUUAGAGGAAUUGAGUUUGUUCAUGGAGAAGCUGAAUGAUGUAUAUUACGACGAUGAUGAUGGUCAGCUUAAUGAUUUCCAAGUUGAUUCUGGAACCUUGGCAUGUGUGGCGUGUGGCGUUCUCGGCUUCCCCUUUAUGUGUGUGGUACAGCCUUCUAAAAAUGCAUUACAAGAUCUGUCAGAGAGAAAAGGAGAGAUAGGUAACAGACACUCAUUUUUUAAUCCAAGCAAUAAACUGCAGUAUCUGUCUAGCCAUUUGAAGCUUGUUGUUAAUUGUGCUUCUAUUAAUUCUACAGAUGCUCAGGAAUUUACGGCACUGUCAUCAGAAAAUUCUGACUGUGUAUGGAACACGUCCUCCAGAUAUAUAAGACCUCGCAUUUUCUGCCUUGAACACACUAUUGAACUUCAGAGAUUGUUGCAAUCAAGAGGUGGACUGAAGUUCCUUGUGAUUUGCCAUAAAGACUUUCAAAAAUUCAAGGCACAUGCGGCUAUAGUGGCAGAGGAGGUCAAAGUCCCUUUCAGCUAUGAUGAUGUCCUAUUAGAGAGUGCAUCUAAAGAAGAGUUGAGUAUAAUUGAUCUUGCAAUUGAAGAUGAAGAAAGCAACGAAUAUGGGGUAGACUGGACCUCAAAAUUUGGUAUAAAUUUACGGUACUGUGUUAAAGUGAGGAAAAACUCCCCUACUAAAAAGAUUCAGCAUGCACUGUCACUAGGUGGCUUGUUCUCCGACACAAGCCACAUGCUAGAUAUGUCAACUAUCAAAUGGCUGCAGAGAAAAUCACGCUCAAAAGCUAAACCCAGUUCUACCUCAAGUUUCACAUCUCGUGAACAUCUUGAAGUAAAAGUAGACGGAAAAUCAGGGGAGAAAUUGGAUCCUCAAGCUGGAAGAAGGGAAGAAAGGAUCAUCCAGUACUCGAGAAAGAAAAAGUUGAAUUCCAAGCCUUCUGGAGAUCAAGGUCAGGAACUAGCUACCGAACCUAAAUCAGAAGAUUCUGAUGAUACGUGCAAUAAAAUUGCCAAUAGGUCACAUUUGGAUAGUGCAAUUCAUUCUGAGAUGAACAAUGAGAUUGAAGAUUCUGAAAGGACCAUUGAAAGGAAUGGGGUAGCCUUUUGUGAAAAUCCUCGUAGCUCAUCUUUCACUGGGCCACACGGACAUGAACAUCCCGAGAUCACUGUCAAGUUGGGUUUAGCUUUCGAUGGGAAUAUCACAAAUAAUUCUAGUAUGGUGAAUGGAGACUCUGCUGAACAAACUUCCGUAACCAGAGAGGACCAAGGACACUCUAUGACCAGCAAUAAUAAUGGCUCCAACUCAAGUAGUCAUGUUGUCGUAAGUCAGACUAUGCUUGCUUCUACAGGCGAUAAUCAUGAUGGCCCAAUAAAGUUGUCUGGUGAGCAUGUCUGCAGUUAUGUGUCUGUACGUGGUGUUGAUGAAGCGGUUGAAAUGAGCGACCGAGAGUUUGAAGAACCUAGGUCUACUGUCAUUAACAUUGAGGAGGAACAGCAAUCACAGAUGGUGCAGCCAACCAAAAGAGAGGCUGUACCUGGUGAUCACACACAGGUGGAGGGAGAAGAAGCUAUGUGCACCAGAGAAAACUUGUGCUCUGAAGAUAUUAUGCACACUGUACAUCAGCAAGAGGAAACACAUUCUUCAGCUCAACUGGGAACAGAAGUUGCUGAAACUAACGUUGCCAGUGAGAACAUAGUUGUGGACAUGAUCCAUGAUGAUGAAACUCUGGCAAGUAGGGAUAUAUUAAGUUCACGCAACGGUGAUCAAGCUUCUUCAAAUGGCUUGCAAGCUCCAGAUAAUGAACCUAGCAUGGAGAGGGAAGUUGCGAGCUCAGAAAACACCGAGGUUAUCGAGGCGCCGAUAUCUAAUAUGGUAGAAGCAAAGAAGAAGCGGAAAAUGGAAUCAGUGUCUGAGACAAAUGAUAAUCCAGAGAGUAGCAUUGGUUUCAUAAGGAGUCCUUGUGAAGGGCUGAGGGCAAGGGGUAGGAGGAAAGCGACAUGUGAAACUUCAUCAAAUAUCGCUGAAUUGAGCGAUGAAGAGAAGAAACCCACUGCGAAAAGGCUCAAGAAAACUCCAAAGACUCGCUCGGGGAGUCAUCACCGAGAAGUCUCCACGACAACUGACCACAACCGCUGUUACCUAGAGGGUUGCAAGAUGACUUUCAAGAAUAAAGCAGACUUAGAAGCUCACAAGAGAAACCGCUGCACACACGAAGGGUGUGGAAAGAAAUUCAGGGCUCACAAAUAUCUGGUGCUUCAUCAACGUGUUCACAACGAUGAAAGACCUUUUCUGUGCUCUUGGAAAGGAUGUUCCAUGACUUUCAAAUGGCAAUGGGCGAGGACCGAGCAUUUGCGUCUGCACACGGGAGAACGACCAUACACAUGCAAGGUCGAUGGAUGUGGAUUGUCGUUUAGGUUUGUGUCGGAUUACAGCCGCCACAGAAGGAAAAGCGGGCAUUAUGUGACAUAGAAACCCCGGCAUUGAGGGAGAAAGGUGAAAGGCUUCUCUGUGGAUUUGUUGUGAGUUGAUGUAAAAUCUAAUUUCUGGUUGUGUUUUUUUUUUUUUUUUACUAUUUUACUUGAUUAUCUUAGUGUUUUAGCUAGUUGUGAUCUCUCUUUCCUUUGUAGAUGUGACUUCUUUCCACUUUAGAGAAGGCCUCACACUCUUGUUUGCUUUGUUGUUUAAUUAGUAACCAUUUGCUUUUAAAAUGUUAAUAUGAAUUUAUGAUUC